CUACACCCCUCCGUGGGUGUCAGUUUAAAGGGUUUAACCAACAAAGCUGCAUCCACACAAGGUUACUCAUGGGACGGAGGAAUAGAAGUUAAAUUCAGGACUGAAUGACACCGACGGUGAAAUAAUUGUCUUCUCAGGAAAUGGAUCUAAUGAAUAUAAGUCGACAACCUGAGCGUGUUAAAGAAUCGAAUGGCUUCAGAGAUAAAGACCAAGACUGUCAAAAUGGUUCAGAGAAAGAGGAUGAACCUUUGCUCCGAGACAACCCCAGACGGUUUGUCGUCUUCCCCAUCCAGUACCCCGACAUCUGGAAGAUGUACAAGCAGGCACAGGCCUCUUUCUGGACCGUGGAGGAGGUUGAUCUAACCAAAGACUUGUCACACUGGGACCGUUUGAAACCUGAGGAGAAACACUUCAUCUCCCAUAUCUUAGCCUUCUUUGCUGCAAGUGAUGGUAUCGUCAAUGAGAACCUGGUGCAGAGGUUCUGCCAGGAAGUGCAGGUCCCUGAAGCACGCUCCUUCUACAGCUUCCAGAUCCUUAUAGAGACUGUUCAUUCAGAGAUGUACAGCAUGCUCAUCAACACUUACAUCAGGGACCUGAAGGAGAGGGACCACUUAUUUAAUGCAGUUCAGACGAUGCCCUGUGUGAGACGAAAAGCAGACUGGGCCCUCCACUGGAUAAAUGACAGCAAAUCCACAUUUGCGGAGCGAAUUGUGGCUUUUGCAGCAGUAGAGGGCAUCUUCUUCUCUGGCUCAUUCGCUGCCAUCUAUUGGCUCAAGAAGAGAGGACUAAUGCCUGGCCUUACCUACUCCAAUGAGUUGAUUAGCAGGGAUGAGGGUCUGCACUGUAACUUUGCCUGCCUGCUGUACAGCUACCUGGUGAAGAAGCCAUCGGAGGACCGGGUGAAGGACAUCAUUACCAAAGCCGUUAGCAUUGAGCAGGAGUUUUUGACAGAGGCCUUGCCAGUGGAUCUCAUUGGAAUUAACUGUUGUCUGAUGAGGCAGUACAUUGAGUUUGUGGCCGACCGGCUUCUUGCUGACCUUGGACUGGCCAAGGUAUACCAAGCUGAAAAUCCAUUUGACUUCAUGGAGUCAAUUUCACUAGAGGGGAAAACCAACUUCUUUGAGAAACGAGUAGGGGAGUAUCAGAGAUUUGGAGUUAUGUCAAGCAUGACGGACAGUGAAUUCACUCUGGAUGCAGACUUCUGAAAUGGAGAUGGCAUUGUGUUACAUAUUUGUUACAUUUGACCUAUUUUUUUUUUUUUUCAAGCUGUUAUUGACAAAAAAAAACAGCCUAAAGUAUUGUUACAAUACUAUAACAGUAUUACAAUGGACAAAUGAAUGCUUAAAAGAUUUAAUCUACAUUCUUCCAGUAUACAUGUGCAACUAUUUGGCAAUAGCGAUUUGGGCUUGAGAAUUACACCUGGAGUUUAAUUAGCAGCCAAUAUAAUUUGCUAAGUGAAAUAGGGUGAACAAAUAUAUCCUUCAAGCCCUGCUCAUGGCUAUUUUCUUUGUUGUACCUCGACAUACUACAGGUACAGAGUAUGACUUGAGUUUUGGUUAACUCAACUUUAUUUAUUUAUAUAGUGCCAUACAAACAAGCAGCCACAUAGAAAGAGAACAAAACAAAUUCAAUUUUGGAAGACUAAAAAUAACAACAUUAAAAUGUUAAAAAAUAAAAAAAUAAAAGUGAAUAGAAUUAAAUUAUAUUUUAUGUUAAAAAAAACAUUAAACACUAAGGCUAUAAUUUUACUCUAAAUUAAAAGGCAGAUUAAAAAAAGGUAUUUUAUUUCCUUUUAAAAAUACAGAGUUUGACAUGUAUAUCCAGAGGCAGGGAGUUCCACAGUUAAACAUAAAUAUGUGAGGAAGGUGAUAGGAGUGAUUUUUCUGUACUUUAUUGGACAUCUGAAGAUGGUAUCUGCAUUACAUUUUAUUGAGACUGCAGUUCUCGCAACUGGCUUUUGUGGUUGAAUGUUUCAACAUUGUCAUUUUUACUGUACAAUAAAAGUUUUUUUGUAAAAAUG